AUGUCCCACGAAGGUGAAGAAGAACUCCUCGACUACUCUGAUAGCGAAGAUAUCACUGUCUCCGCCUCCACCGCAACUGCUCCUGCUGCUGCCACUGAGGGUACUGCUCAGGCCGCUGAAGACGGCUUGGCCAUUAAGCAGGAGAAUGGCGACAAGAAGGGUUCAUAUGUUGGUAUCCAUUCCACUGGUUUCAAGGACUUUUUACUCAAGCCUGAGCUUGUCCGUGCCAUUACUGACAGUGGUUUUGAGCAUCCUUCUGAAGUCCAGCAGGUUUGCAUUCCCCAAUCUAUUCUUGGUACUGAUGUUCUUUGUCAGGCUAAGUCUGGUCUUGGUAAGACUGCUGUUUUUGUUCUUUCUACUUUACAGCAGAUUGAGCCUGUUGACGGCGAGGUUUCUGUUAUUGUUUUGUGCCACACCAGAGAGUUGGCUUACCAGAUUAAGAAUGAGUACUCUCGUUUCUCUAAGUACUUGCCCGACGUUAGAACCUCUGUCUUUUACGGUGGUACCCCAAUUGCCAAGGAUAUUGCUCUGAUUAAGGACAAGACUACCUGUCCCCACAUUAUUGUUGGUACUCCUGGUAGAUUGAAUGCUCUUGUCCGUGACAAGUUCCUUCGUCUUAGCAACAUCAAGACUUUUGUUAUUGAUGAGGCUGACAAGGUUUUGGAACAGCCCGAUAUGCGUCGUGACGUUCAGGAGAUUUUCCGCUCUACCCCCCACCAGAAGCAGGUUAUGAUGUUUUCAGCUACUCUUUCUCAGGAGAUUCGCCCCAUUUGCAAGAAGUUUAUGCAGAACCCCCUGGAGAUUUACGUUGACGAUGAGACUAAGCUGACUCUUCACGGUCUGCAGCAGUACUAUGUGAAGCUUGCUGAGCGCGAGAAGAACCGCAAGCUCAAUGAAAUUUUGGAUACACUUGAGUUCAAUCAGGUGAUUAUCUUUGUCAAGUCGACCAAGAGAGCCGACGAGUUGAAUCGUCUGUUGAAUGAGUGCAACUUCCCCUCAAUUGCUGUGCACAGUGGUAUCCCUCAGGAGGAGCGUAUUGCUAGAUACAAAUCCUUCAAGACUUUUGAGAAGCGUAUUUGCGUUGCUACUGAUGUUUUUGGCCGUGGUAUUGAUAUUGAGCGCAUCAACUUGGCUAUUAACUACGAUCUGCCUGAUAAUGCUGAUCAGUACCUCCACCGUGUUGGUCGUGCAGGCCGUUUUGGUACCAAGGGUCUUGCGGUGUCGUUUGUUUCAACCGAGGAGGACCAGCAGGUUCUGGACUCGAUUCAGUCCCGGUUCGAAGUUAACAUUUCUCCAUUCCCUGAGGAGGGCAUUGAUGCUUCUACUUAUAUGAACUCUUAA